AUGUCUACAAAAGAUUCCGUUGCCAUCUUCCUCAUGUUUUGCUUGCUCAUGAGCACUACGCGUAAGAUACCUGACACCUAGCGAUUUACUAUGAUGAUUUCUUGAUCAUUUACUGGUAUUCUGAUCUACUGUGGACGGCCUUUCUUCAUGCAUGGGUGUCUCUCACAUCAUGUCCUGGCAGUGCAAUGCGGUGCGCAGCAGAAGAUCCUUCCAUUCAGGUGUCAGCCCGGGAAUAAAAUCGACGCCAGAAAAUGUAACGAUCGCUGCGUGGCGAAUUCGUGCAAGGGAGGAGUCUGCCAGCAUCCGGGUGGUGUCGAGGUCUGCCAUUGUUUCUGCUAG